AUGAAAACUUUGUGCUUACUCUUCUUAGCCGCAACUCUACAAAUGCUGUCGGCGGCUCCAAAAGACCUGCUUGAUAAAGAACGAGAUAUAUUAAAAAAUCUCCAUAAAUCUUGGCACACAGUCGAGCCACCCCCAGAAUAUCCAAGGAAGGGCGAGUAUGAAUGCAAGGGCGGUAUAUGUAAAACAAAAGUACCCUGUAAAGGUUGUCAAGGACCAGUACCUUUGGAUGUAAACUGGGAAUAUAUU